AUGAAUCCCUCACGACCUUUCAGAUUGCUAGGCGCCAUUGGGCGGCAAAAUUCUUUCCGAUCUACAUUACAGUCACAAAUUACCUCGUCGAGAUUAAGAGCAUUUUCGAAUCUGAGUCCGAAGCUGUCAGGAACGGCCCCUCGGGGAUGGACGCCUACACCAUUCGUGACGGAGACCGUAGGCGGAGGAUGGCAUACAUAUGACAUAUUCUCCCGGUUGCUCAAAGAACGAAUCAUCUGCCUCAAUGGCGAAGUUGACGAAACCACAUCCGCCGCCAUUGUCGCUCAACUCCUCUUCCUCGAAGCAGACAACCCCGAAAAGCCGAUUUAUCUCUACAUCAACUCUCCCGGAGGUUCGGUGACAGCUGGACUUGCGAUUUACGACACCAUGACAUACAUACAGUCGCCUGUGCACACCAUCUGUGUCGGUCAAGCGGCUAGUAUGGGAUCUUUGUUGUUGUGCGGUGGUCAUGCCGGUAAAAGGUAUUGUCUACCACACUCAUCUAUCAUGAUCCAUCAGCCCUCGGGUGGAUACUUCGGACAAGCUAGCGAUAUUGCGAUUCACGCGAAGGAGAUCCUGCGAGUAAGGACACAGCUGAAUCAGAUAUAUCAAAGACAUUUGACUGGCCAGAAACAAUUAUCGUUGGACGAGAUUGAGAGGCUCAUGGAGAGAGAUUAUUUCAUGGGCGCUCAGGAAGCGCUAGAGAUGGGCAUUGUGGAUGAGAUCUUGGACCGAAGGCUAAAGCCUGAGAAUGAGACUGAAGCUACUAAAUGA